UUGCACAAAGUCAUUGGCCUCCCUCUCUCAUCCAAGUCCAGUGGCAGGACAAAAGUCGGGAUGACCGGAGAUGGCUUGGGAUGCCGUGAAUGACUGAGGCAUCUUCAAUGUCUGACCAAGCUUCUUCGUGCCUAUUGGAACAAAUUGUUCUCAUCCACCCAUUCCAAUAGGGGGGAAAUCUUCACAUGCUUGAGGUAGACAUUCCCGCCUAGCUCACAGACCCAUUGGCUACCCUCAACUUGGUUUAACCUAUUUUUCAAGAUGGUUUUACGGCUUCCCAUGCUACAGCUUCUUGGAACCACAGGAAUAUUUAUUCUGAAGGCACAGCAAGAACAAACAUACAAACAUUCGCCUCAACACCUGGAGCCAUAAUCCUCCCUGCAUUCCUCAGUCUCUGGAGAAGUAGUCCAUGCAGAAGUGACUUCACUUAUACAGAUGAACCAAGGAUUGGGACAGCACUAUAAACCCAGAUAGUCAGAUAGCUGACUGCCCAGCAGGAUGCCAUCAACUAGCCGAGCGGGCAGCCUGAAGGACCCUGAAAUUGCAGAGCUCUUUUUCAAAGAAGAUCCAGAGAAGCUCUUCACUGAUCUAAGAGAGAUAGGUCAUGGAAGCUUUGGAGCAGUAUAUUUUGCACGGGAUGUGCGCACCAAUGAAGUGGUGGCCAUCAAGAAAAUGUCUUAUAGUGGAAAACAGUCCAAUGAGAAAUGGCAAGACAUUAUUAAGGAAGUCAAGUUCUUACAGAGAAUAAAGCAUCCCAACAGUAUAGAGUACAAAGGCUGCUAUCUACGUGAGCACACAGCAUGGCUUGUAAUGGAAUAUUGCUUAGGAUCAGCUUCAGACUUACUAGAAGUUCACAAAAAGCCAUUACAAGAAGUGGAAAUAGCAGCAAUCACACAUGGUGCUCUCCAGGGAUUGGCCUAUUUACAUUCUCACAAUAUGAUCCAUAGAGAUAUCAAAGCAGGAAAUAUCCUCCUGACAGAGCCAGGCCAGGUGAAACUUGCUGACUUUGGAUCUGCUUCCAUAGCAUCUCCUGCCAAUUCCUUUGUGGGGACGCCAUAUUGGAUGGCCCCAGAAGUAAUUUUAGCCAUGGAUGAAGGGCAAUAUGAUGGCAAAGUAGAUGUGUGGUCUCUUGGAAUAACAUGUAUUGAGUUAGCGGAAAGGAAGCCUCCAUUAUUUAAUAUGAAUGCAAUGAGUGCCUUAUAUCAUAUAGCUCAGAAUGAAUCUCCUACAUUACAAUCUAAUGAAUGGUCUGAUUAUUUUCGCAACUUUGUAGAUUCUUGUCUCCAGAAAAUUCCUCAAGAUCGGCCUACAUCAGAGGAACUUCUCAAGCACAUGUUUGUUCUUCGUGAGCGCCCUGAAACAGUGUUAAUAGAUCUUAUUCAGAGAACCAAGGACGCUGUAAGAGAGCUGGACAACCUGCAGUAUCGGAAAAUGAAGAAACUCCUUUUCCAGGAGGCACAUAACGGGCCUGCUGUAGAAGCACAGGAGGAAGAAGAGGAGCAAGAUCAUGGUGUUGGCCGAACAGGAACAGUGAAUAGUGUUGGAAGUAAUCAGUCCAUUCCCAGUAUGUCUAUCAGUGCCAGUAGCCAAAGCAGUAGUGUUAACAGUCUUCCAGAUGCCUCAGAUGACAAAAGUGAACUAGAUAUGAUGGAGGGGGACCAUACAGUGAUGUCUAAUAGCUCUGUCAUCCAUUUAAAACCUGAGGAAGAAAAUUAUAGAGAAGAGGUAGAUCCAAGAACGAGGGCAUCUGAACCACAAUCUCCACCCCAAGUAUCUCGCCAGAAGUCACAUUACCGUCGAGAACAUUUUGCUACCAUACGCACAGCAUCACUGGUUACAAGGCAGAUGCAAGAACAUGAGCAAGACUCAGAACUGAGAGAACAAAUGUCUGGCUACAAACGCAUGAGGCGACAGCACCAGAAGCAGCUGAUGGCACUGGAGAACAAGCUCAAGGCCGAGAUGGAUGAGCACCGCCUCCGGCUGGACAAAGACCUUGAAACACAACGGAACAAUUUUGCUGCUGAAAUGGAGAAGCUGAUUAAGAAGCACCAAGCAGCCAUGGAGAAGGAGGCUAAGGUAAUGGCCAAUGAGGAGAAGAAAUUCCAGCAACAUAUUCAAGCACAGCAGAAAAAAGAACUGAAUAGCUUUUUAGAAUCCCAGAAGAGAGAAUACAAACUACGGAAAGAGCAACUGAAGGAGGAGCUGAAUGAAAACCAGAGUACCCCAAAGAAAGAAAAGCAAGAAUGGCUCUCCAAACAAAAGGAGAAUAUCCAGCACUUCCAAGCAGAAGAGGAGGCCAACCUCCUUAGACGACAAAGGCAAUACCUGGAGCUGGAGUGCCGUCGCUUCAAGAGAAGAAUGCUGCUUGGUCGGCAUAAUUUGGAGCAGGACCUUGUUAGAGAGGAAUUAAAUAAAAGGCAGACCCAGAAGGACCUGGAACACGCCAUGCUGCUGCGUCAGCAUGAAUCCAUGCAAGAACUUGAGUUCCGCCACCUCAGUACUAUUCAGAAGAUGCGCUGUGAACUGAUCCGACUGCAGCACCAGACUGAGCUCACCAACCAGCUAGAAUACAACAAGCGACGAGAACGUGAGCUGCGGCGCAAGCAUGUCAUGGAGGUUAGGCAGCAGCCCAAAAGUCUAAAGUCUAAAGAAUUGCAAAUCAAAAAGCAGUUUCAAGAUACCUGCAAGAUCCAGACCAGACAGUACAAAGCCUUGAGGAACCACCUGUUGGAGACCACACCAAAGAGCGAGCACAAAGCAGUUCUCAAGCGACUUAAGGAGGAGCAGACACGGAAACUGGCCAUCCUGGCUGAGCAGUAUGAUCACAGCAUUAACGAGAUGCUCUCCACUCAAGCUCUGCGUUUGGAUGAGGCCCAAGAAGCAGAAUGCCAGGUCUUAAAGAUGCAGCUGCAGCAGGAACUGGAGCUGCUCAAUGCAUAUCAAAGCAAAAUCAAGAUGCAAGCAGAGGCCCAGCAUGACCGGGAGCUUCGGGAGCUAGAGCAGAGAGUCUCCCUCCGCAGGGCCCUCCUAGAACAGAAGAUUGAAGAAGAAAUGUUGGCCUUGCAGAAUGAACGCACAGAACGAAUACGAAGCCUGCUAGAGCGUCAAGCCAGAGAAAUUGAAGCUUUUGACUCUGAGAGCAUGAGGCUAGGUUUUAGUAAUAUGGUCCUUUCCAAUCUCUCCCCCGAGGCAUUCAGCCACAGCUACCCCGGAGCUUCUGGUUGGUCCCACAAUCCCACUGCAGGGCCUGGCCCUCACUGGGGUCAUCCCAUGGGUGGCCCACCUCAAGCUUGGGGCCAUCCAAUGCAAGGUGGACCCCAGCCAUGGGGUCAUCCCUCAGGGCCAAUGCAAGGGGUGCCUCGAGGCAGCGGCAUGGGAGUCCGCAACAGCCCCCAGGCUCUGAGGCGGACGGCUUCUGGGGGACGGACAGAGCAGGGCAUGAGCAGGAGCACAAGUGUUACUUCACAAAUAUCCAAUGGUUCACACAUGUCUUAUACAUAACUCCAACAAUAAUUGUGCGUGGCAAUUCCACUGGAGCUGUCUGCCAAAAGCACCUGCCGCCUACAGACAUCAUCCCCACAGCCGUGUCCCGGGGGUGCUGCGGUGCACACGGAAUAUCGGGUUCAUUUUGAAAAGCGUUCUGCUCUGGGUUCACUAAUGGGAUGUCAUCGUAUUUGGCUGCUGGCUGUGGUUUUUGUUUUGUUUUGUUUUUUACUUUGUGGGAGGAACUGCGGGCAGAGGAUGGAUAGAAAACCCCUCUGCAUUAGCCAGAAAGGAGCAUCUUCUGAAUGCAGUCCAAAUGGGCUUGCAUCACCACUUCCUGGGUGCCUCUAUCCUCAGAGGCUUAAUGAAAGGUGUGGAUGGAGCUUUCCUGGUACCCCAUGAUUCUUGGGAGCUGCUCGUGGCAGGUAGCGCGGGUAUGUACUAAACUAGAAUAGCAUGUGAGCAGAUCUCCAUUCCCUCCCUAGGUUCCAAUUCUGGUUUAAUUAACCUGCCCUCUCAGCAUCCCCAGAGUAGGAUAGGGAAGGGGGGGCAAAUCCAGAAACACCAAAGGUUUCCAGGGAGCUGCCCACCUCCAGGGUCAGAAACAGGCUUGCCUGGUUUUUACUUAUUUAUUUUGGGGGGGAGAGCUGCAUGGGCUUGUUAGCAGUCCAGGCCCUCCAGGUGUGCUCUGUGUCCAACGUCCAGAGGAGAGGUCUUUGUUUCAGUUAUGAGGCAGUUGUGUCAUCUAAUUCUGGGUCCUCUGAAGGGAAGGGCCAGAAAGUCAAGAAACUUCAUUGGGGCAUCUUUACUCCUCUUCAAGUAUAUGCUGUGGUUUUCCAGCACUAAUGGGGAGAGGUAAAGACUGCAAAUCCUGCACAUGUGCAGCUCUUCCCUGUGACCCCUUCCUCAUUUUAGCUGAGGCCCAGCUGAUUAUCAGGCUCCCUCCCUGAAAACAAAAGACAUAUAGCCAAGACAUGCCCAAGGCCAGAUGUAGUUGAGGACUGCCAUGUUUGUGAACUGCUGCCUGUUUGAUUCCCCUCACACUACACAUACACAGAUGUGAUUCCCCCUUUUGGCUUGUUGCAAUGUCCUGUUUACAUAUAGUGUAGCCAAUUGUUUCGGUGUCUAGUUGCCAUACAGAGUGUACCAGGAGUCGCUGAGCCAACGCCUUUUACCAGCUGCUGACUAACCCCCAUCAGCACUAUAGAUGGGGCCACACAAGGCAGCCCCCCCCCCCUUCCUGCUCUUUUCCAUGGCCAUUUUCAUUGCUGCACUGCUCUCCAGCUUUCCCAACCAUUGAGUCUUUGUGAUCUUUUGGUAGCAGGUUAAUGCCCCCCUCCCCUAGAUAGGAGACACCACUUCCAGAAGUCUCGAUAUUCUUGUGUCAACAGUACUACUGAAAGGGAGCUAGGAAGUUUGGCAAGAAUUUUAUAAGAAAUCAUACUGGUCAGGGAGUCUGUUGACAAAAUCUGUUUUGUUGGGUUUUCUAUUUUUAUUUCUUCUAUUUGUUUUCAUUUUUAUGAUGAAGGAUCAACCUUUAAGGCUGAGGCAGGAAUUUCUUAGUACUCUAAUCUGUGUCAAUUGGCAAUGUGGGUACUGGGGUAUCCUUGAGGUAAAGCAGGUUGGUUGAGUUUGGCUUGAGGUGAAUGUUCUUUCCAGUGAUCGGAGUUUCUUGUAAUUUAUUUUUUCUUCCCCUUCUUUGUUUGUCUUGAAGAAAACCCUAGCUGCUAACUCUAGAACUUCUUUAAGAGAUUCAUAGGGCUUCAAGGUCCUCCUCUCUCAAUAUCCCUGUCAGUGGCACACCUCUCCAUCCCCACCAAAUUCAUUUGCUAAGUGCACAGUUUCGCACAAAUCUUCCCCUCUCAAAGAAUAUUAGGUAAUUUAAUAAAAUCAAAUGGAAAAAAAUUUAUUUUUGCCUAUAUCAUUUGGAAGCCCUUGCCACAGAAGGUGAAAGGCACAUUCGUGAAAGUUGGCCAGUGAUCCUGUUAGAAAUGUUCCUCUCAUUGCAGCCCUUCCCAGGGCCAAAGAUAAAUGUUGCAGCUACUUGUCAUACCUGCCUAUUAAGUAGACUUGUAGUUUGUUAGCCAGUUUUUUGCAGUAAAACCUAAUUCAGGUGCUUCCUGAAAAUGACUUUGGAUGGUGUUUUCCUAGUUUGAGAGGUUUACACUUGCAUUGGGAUGUCUCACAUACCCACUGGAAUGUAACAUGGUGGUAGCAGCCAGAAGUUUUGUGCAUGAGUCCCUAAUGGGCAUAAAAUCAGUUGAGGUUAACCAAUGCCAAACGACUUAAGUCCCCCGAUUGCACAGUGAUCCAUUUUGAGCUAAAGUUACUUAUUCUCUCCCUAUUGUAGAUUUGGGUGAAAAGAGCCUCUGGCAUAGUCAAACUCACUUUCUUCCCUAGUGUUCUCUCCAAGGCUGGGUACCUUUCUACUUGCAACACUGACCCCAGAGGUCUUCUUCAAUAGGGCUUUGUAGCCAGUUUGAUUGUGUGGGUCCAGCUUUAUGUGUUGUCAUGCUGGAUUAUUCCAUUAGAUUAAUAUUUUAAUUAAAACAGAUAGUUUGCAAAAACUGAUUCAGAUUUUAAUUGAUGUGUGUGUAUGUAUGCAUGUGUGUAUGUAUGUAUGUAUGUAGGUAUGUAUAAAUCUUCUGCAAAAUCUUCUCCAUGAUGGGAAUCACCCCAACAUAAAAUUUAUAAGCAGGAAACUUGGAUGGUUUUGAGUGAGGCAAGCACUUUCUGAAUCAGUUUGCAAAUGCCAACCUGUAAUCAGAUUAUAUACUACCUCUCCUUAAGUUCUGGUGCAUGCUGUGGCUACUUCUUAUGUGUGUUUAGGGAAAACAUGCAACCUAGAAAUGAUGAGGAAGUUGUCAAAAGUCUACCAGAAAUUUACAAGUGCUGUAUCUAGUGUCUAGAGCCUCUGGUAGUAGAAAUGGCCUAGGUUUUCUGUCUUACUCCUUUUUUUGUUCACAUUGAGUCACUAGACCGUUAAAUCUUCUAAUUCCCCUUCCCCUACCAUUCUACACAAUUAGCUCCCCCCAGAGUUAAAACAGCCCCAACUUGUAUUUGAUAGCAUAUCCUCCUUACUUGCUGAUUAGUGACUAUCACAGUGUUUGUCUUUGGGGUACUACCGUGGAAAAGUGCAGGCUGAGAAGCCUGAUGACCAGGGCCCUCCCACUUGUAACUAUGGAGGACGUGACCAAUCUCCUAAUCUCCUGGGGCUUUGGUUUUCCUGUGCCCUCUAAGGUCUUUUCCAGCUCUGAGAUUCUGUGAUGCCCCGGCCACUGGAGAAGCCAGGCCAGUUGCCUGGUGGGCAAAGGACAGUCUUAAAGAAGUCAGAUCAUCAUUCUUCCUGUCUCUUCUCCCUUAAAAUGAGAACUCGGGGCCUCUGCCAGGUUGGAAGGCAGACUCUAAUUACCCUAUUUUCACUCUAGACUUAUACUGCAGUAGUAAAUGUAAGUACCAAUGUCUGGUGUGUUAAUUCUUUGCAGAAUGCAUUGUGUUGGACACUGGAAUAAUACUAUUUAUUUUCACCUGUGAAAAUAACUUUAUUAUACUUGAAACACCUCCUUUGCAUUCCUCCAUGUGUGCCAUUCACUAGUGGAAAUAAAUUGUAUUAUACCAUGAUCUACUGGCUUUUAAAAAAAAAACACUAUGUUAAAUAUGCACAUUUCUUGGGCUAGCUCUAUCAUUUGUAUGUAUAUAUUGUAUAUACAUAUGAGUGUGUACAUAUAUGUAUAGAGAGACACACACACAUUUAACAGUGCUGUACAUUUGCAUCAGAGCACUUAUGGGUCCUGUUCUUUUUAUAUAUACACAUACAUCUGUAUAUAUACACAUAUGUACAUGCACACAUAUAGACGUGUGUGUGUGUGUGUGCGUGUGUGCAUGUGUGUGUAUUUACAACUCAGUAAAGGCAAGAAUGCAUGGUUCCUCCCAAAGUGGUCAUCUUCACUUAUUGGGGAUCCAUCUUUGUGAAUGUGGAUCACUUGAGCCCUCUGAAUCCAGAAGUGCCUCAGGCUCUUGAAGGAGGGAAACUUGUCCCUUGGGGCUGAGAAAGUGAAGCAACAGCAUGGGACUGAGCUGCAAAUGAGCAGAAGAAUGCUAAGGCAGAAGCCAGCCUAGUGAUGAGGAAGUGAUGGAGCCCAGCAUAGUGAAUAUUCAAGAGAAAAGGACCAGGCAGGGCUUCCUCUAGAAACAGACCAUGAGAACCACAGGAAUGUUGCACAAUUAGCACAAGCCCCCUGGUUUUUCGGGCAAAGAAGUCAUUAUGCUUACUUAGGGCCCAAAGCGAUGCAGGAUCUUUGCCCUGGAAACGAGGCAUCCACCAGGAGGGAGGGAAGUAACUGGCUGUUACUAGUGAUCUUCCUGGUAACCGAGGCUUGUUCACUCUGGUACCGCUCCCCAGCUACUUUCCAAGCAGUAACCCUUUAUCUCUAUCACAUAUUUGGUCUUCAGCUCACAAGAGAUAAAUGGCAGGUGUGCAUUCUGAAAAUUCUAGAUUGUGGGGAACAUUGGAUUUGUUAGAGGGACUCCUGGUCAGAAGAACUUGGUCUAGGCAGUGGUGCGGUGGCAGACCGUGUUACUCUCAGGUCACCCAUUUGCCUCAAGCUUCUCACCCACCAAGAAUCUGUUUCCCUUUGGUGUGGCUUCCUCUUGUCUAAGAGCAUGGCACGGUCCACAGCAUUAUCAUUUCAAAAUAAGACUCUGCCUUUCAGUUUUGAAAGCUUUCCCUUUGGGUAGUGAGGGGCUGUAAGCUUAACUUCCCUCCCCCUCAGUUGAAUCCUCAAGAAGAAUGUGCUGUGAGCUUAGUAGAGCUUCCUCUCGAAUGCAAGGACUACUGAUUGAAGUCUAUUUUGCUGUGUCUGGUUAUGUUGUCUGCACUUUUAUGAAAUCACUACAGUUAGAGCUACAUUAGAAAUGUUUUUAAAGAUGUUUGUGGGCUGUUUAUAGCUGUUAAUGCUGUAAAGAAGGAAGUUGUCUUGUUAAACACUGUCCAGAAGAGAAGGUGAAGCUGAGAACUCCUCCUGUUGUUCAUUUAUUUGUAUGUUCUACUGACUCCCAGUAUUCCCAGACUGUCUACUAAAGCUGUGUAGAGCAGUUUCCCCUCUAGUGAAUGUACCGAUUCCCAGACCUCCAUUUACCUACCUGGCAGAGAGUAUCUGUGGCUUGAUAUGGUACUCCUAAGAUGGAUCUGAACUAAAUAGACACCAGACUCAUGUGCACCUUAUCUAAUUCUUGUGGGUCUCUGAAGGCUUGCCUUUCCCAAAGAGGCAGGCACGUCAAUUGGAGAGCUGUUUGCCAGACAUCAAAAUCUCCAGAACACUUUCCCUGUGUACCUUCCCCAACCCACUUUGAUUUAUAUGUACAAAAAUGUGGAUCUCUCUGAAGCCUCCCUUUGACAGUGGCAGGGUGUGCACUGGACAAGCCAAGCAGAUCAUCUCUGGGUAGUUUGCCAGGAAGGGGUGGAGAUGAGCGGAGACUUCUGAAUGAACAAAUAAAAAGGGUAUCUUCAUGCCCGACAAUCCCUCCAAAGUACGGGUACUUCCACCUGCACAGUUUGACUUUUUUGCUGACCUUUUAGCAAUUGUGAGUGAAAACCGUGUAAUUAACUGUAAAUAUGUAGGUAACAAAUUGACCUAGUUUCUGUAAUUUUUUUUUCUUUUGGAGUUUUUGUACUAAAGUUUAUAGAUCUGUGCCAGCUAGAGAGGUGUUGCUGUCAUUGCCCAUCGUGGCCCUAGCACCUAACCCUAUAACCAUCCUAGGUGACAAUUAGAAUUAAUGCGUAAGUGUUGUAUGCAGGGGGAUGGGAGGCUUAAUUGUGUGUCAAGUUGAACCACUUUUGAAGCAAAGUCAUUUUCCUUCAUGUAAUGAUUCCAUAUCUUCAAUCAUGAGUGAGGUAGGGCUUUUGCAGAAGUGUUUUGUCUUUUAAGUGCAAGUGUUUUAAUGUCCUAUAAAUUAUGCAGGCAAUAGAUACCUUAUGGUCUGGAGCUUUGGUCCCUGGGGCUCCCUUACAGCUGAAACUUCAAAUGAAAUGAGUGGAACUCGCCAUUGGCGCGCAGAUCCUAUUGUUUGGAACACUUGUGUCCUUCUGCCCUUCUUCCCCACCAUGUACUAGGUAGCUUGGGUGCUCCUGGGCUCAUAGGCCGAUGAACUGAAAGGAGAGGAAAAACGACAACUGCCUGUCCUCUCCAUGAGCCUGGGUUCGCAUGCUUUUCGUGCCCCUCUGGCAUGUCUCUGACAACUCUGAGGUUAGCCACAUUUGGAAUUGAGAUGAUGAAAAGUUAACAUCUUUGCUUUGGAAUCAGAGAUGGAUUGGGGCCACUUGAAGGCAUGGAGGAGAUCCAUUGAAUAGAAACACGUUCUCAUGUUCUAAGCUGUAGAGCAUCAUACACUAAACAGUACAGGAUUUAAGUAAAAUGUGCAGUUCAAAAGGCUGCAGCUGCCAACUGACUGGGCUAAGAUGGUCCCUGGGACCCAUCGGCCCAGAUCGCACCCGCCCAAGAGUAAGGUGGAUUCUCUUUUCCCUGUGGUGUUUUGGAUGUUGGUUUCCAUCAGUGUGGAUAUACUAUCAGAUGGCUUGUUUUCAGUGCCCAUUCCAAAUGUACUGUGAACCUCCCCCUCCUUUCCCUCCACCACAAAAUUGGAAGUGUGUUAAACUUCCUAUUCCAUAUCAGGUGGUGGUCGUGCCAACUUAGUGUGUGUGCGCCUCCUCCCACUCACAACCAAAAACACGUCCAAGAAGGAACUAAGUUGGACAGAGACACAAAGGAGGAGAGCAUUUUGGUGAACACAGAAGUAGAUCUGAGGCAUAGUUUUCCCAAGUUCCCUGGAAAUUUGAAAUGAGAUAGGAGCCCACUUAAAAAUGCAAGCAUUUUUCAUGGAGAGAAGGGAUAGCAGAAUUGGGGAGGGAAAGAGGAGGGACUUCUGGACGAGGAGAGAAUUUUGUGGUCAUCCUAACUUUGCUUUUAUGAAGACCCUUUUCUUCUAGGUUAUCCAAUUAAGGACAUUCUCCCAACUUUUUUUUUUUUUUUUGAGCAAAAAAACCCCAACAAAAACAGGAUGAGGGUCUGAUGUAAAUAAGUAACAUUUUACAGUAUAGCGUGUAUAAUUCACCCCGACUAUUUCAACUCGAUCAAUUGUAAAUGCUUAAGAAGUUUUUAUUAACACUUGUUUUGCUAAAUCCUAUUUAUGUGAUUAUUCAGAAGUCAAUAACCCACUUAAAAUUUAAGGCAAACAUUUAGGUAAAAAAUGGUUGGGUUACUUUGAGCAGUUUAGCUAUAAGAACCCCCUUGUUUUUGUAUACAAGAAAGAUAGUAUAAUGUGCAUUAACGAGGCUGGGAGAGACUAUGAGAAAUGUGUAUAGUGUAUAUUUUAAAACAGCUUUGCUUGUAUUGUGAAGAUUUAAAACAAACUUGAGAUUUCUAACAUAACUAUUAACACAAUUUUAACAUAAGUUAUCCCACUGGGUUUAAGAGCAUCUUGAAUGUAUAAUCCUUUUUGUAACCCAGAUUGGUUUCUGCUUCUACCCAUCAUCCAGAUAGCCUAUUUAUGUUUUUAAUUUUAUACAAUAUAUUCACUUCCCCUUGAUCUCUUCAUCUCCAGCAUGAUUUUUUUUUUUGCACAGGUAUUAUAGAAGUUUUAAAAAGGAAAAAAAAAUUUUUUUCUCCAUCCUGGAUUUUUAUCACUUCUUUCUUCCUCUUUCCCCAUCUCCAUUCUUAAAGGCCAUUUUAUUCCAUUUGCAAUAUUUGUGCAAAUGCUAGAUUUUUUUAAAUCUUAUUUUGCCAUUCAUCAAAAAAUGCUCAGUCGGUUGCCUUUUUACAAAAAAAAAUAAUAAUAAUAAUAAAGGAAAGGAAAAAAAAGCUGUGACCUUAUCAGUUCUGAGUAGGCCAUUGGGAGUUGUAUGCACACAUGUAACAGCCCAGGACCAAUUCUGGUGACCCACUAAAGGGAAACUACUUUUAAUAGCUCGAGGGGCCUUUUCUUUCUUGGAGUAUGUUACUGCCCAGAGGAUAUUCCAGUCAUUUCUGUGACUAUUUAAAGAUGACCAGUUAUGGGAAAUCUGGGUAAGACCACGUGCCCUGCGUUAUCACUGACCUAAGUCUAGUUGGUUUUCAUCCAGAAAGCCUUUGUGACUUGCUAGUCCCUUGUGGUGAGGAGAAAUUAAGACUUUCUCAGGACCCCAAAUUUGGUUAGAUCACUUGUCUUUCUAAAAGUAGUCUCCAUCUUCUCCUGUCCCCAAGCCUUUGAGCCUGUCACAUGGUGGUGGUGGGCGAAGGACUUCUGGUGUCUGGAAACUAGGACUGCUCUGUAGGGUGAGAGAGAAUCAUGUUGAAAGUGUGACGUGCUGCCAUACUAAUAAAUUUGGGUUUUAGCCCCCCCUUUGUUGUGUCCUCUGAGUUUUCAGACCAAACGGAUGCCCACAGUGAAGGCUCACCAGGGGUUGCAUCGGGGAACGAGGCCCUUCCCUUGCUCUGAGCACCAGUGGGUACGGAUGAUACAAGUGUGCAUUUUCUCUUUGGUAAAGAUGGUCCACAGCACUAACUGGUGAGGCUUAUUGUACAGUAUAUUGUCAGUAUUCUUCUGGUUCUGCAUACAUUAUAGUUCAUAUAUAACCUGUAUUAAUUGUAUAGAUUGUGCAUUUAAAGCUGUUACCAAGUUGUCAGGAAAUGAGAGAAAACAAGGUCAUAUGUAAUAUUUUGUUUGUAAGUAUCCUUUGUAUCAUAGCAAAGGAAAAGUUAAAAAAAAAUCAACUGUAAUAAAGUAAUUUUAGUACA